AUGGCUGCCAGCCCCAAGCAUAUUCUCACGUGGUUUCAACGCGAACAUUGUUUGCGAUACCGUAUUUCCAGUUCCUGUAGUGGAUCUAUCACACAUACUACUGAAGUCGAAUCUGGUCUGUUUGAAAUUUGUGGGCUGAUGCAGCAGAGGGCCUUUUGCGGCCUCUAUACCGCUUCUGCUCAAGGAAUGCUGUCAGCUGUGUCCGAGAAACGCGCCGCUGGUGAACUCACUAAUCGAGCUCUUGAACCUUCUCUACUCCAGCACGCAGGUAGGAACGUAGCUGCCUAG